UUCCCUGUGAGCUGAAAUGAAAAACUUCCCGGAAAAGAGAGAAUCCCCCUUAUUUUUUCUCAUAACUUGGGAUUUAAUCAUCAGACACAAUAUGGCCGGUGUGAGCACGGCGUGAAGACGCUCUGAAAACGCAUCCACAUCAGUUUUAUAGCAGGUUCGGCAUCAUGGCAGAGGGGGAGGAGGCGAUGAGCCAGGAAGACUGGAAGGAAAGGUGCACGGUUCUGGAGGCGCUGCUCGUGAAGUUCAGGGUCCAGAUCGUCAAGAUCCGGGAGCUCACUGCAGACAAGAUCCAGCAGCUGGAGACACAGGUGAUCGAUGCAGAGAAGCGAGCGUUUGCUGCAAACCAGCAGGUGAAGUGGAUGGAGGAGAAGCUGAAGGCAGCAGAUGGCCAUCUUGGAGACUCUGAGAAGCGUUUGUUUCAGCAGUGCCAGGAGCUGCAGGCCUCGGUGCAGGAGAAGGAGGAAGUGAUCUCCCAGCUGGAGCAGCAGCUGGAGGAGCAGAAACAGACUCGACUCCAGGAUGCCAAGUCAGUGGAGGAGAAAGCAGCUAAGAUCAAGGAGUGGGUGAUGCUCAGGUUGUCAGAGUUUGAGGUGGAGAACGCAGCAUUAAGAGAAACCAACAAGAAGCAGGAAGCCCAGAUCUUGGAGUUGCAGAAACAAGUGCUGGCCUUUGAGCAGAGGUGCAAACCUGGGGAGGCGCAGCGUCUCAGCAGCCUCACGUUUGGAUGCUUCCAGGUUAGGGGUAAAAACCCCCAGGUCCGAACCGGGCCGGCGCCAUGUCAGCGGACCCUCAGCACACAGGAAGAGAUGGAUACAACGCAGACAGGCGGAGACGUCCAGGAACAGAACCAAAGUGGGCUUGGGAUUUCUGCUCAGGACAGCAAUGCACCAGAGAAAAGUCCUGAAAAUGCUUCAGAGGGGGAGGAAGUGUGUGAGGGCAAAGGUUGUGUCUCCGGGUUCAGCCGGCCCUGCAGCGAGAACUACCUGACGGCUUCGGAUGACAGCAGCUCUCUGUUUGACGAUGACAUGCAGCGCGCCGAGCGACCCGUUUUCGGCCUGGUCCAGCUGUCAGACGCAGCGCCGGCAGGCGGUUUGACCGGGGCGGAGGCUAAGCUGGAGGACUGCGCCUCCGAGGAGCUCAAUCAGCGAUUUCAGUCUCAGAGACUCGACUCCUCAUCGUCUUCCAGCGAGCCGACCACGCCCAGCCCCAUCCUCACGCCAGCCCUGACGCCCAAGCGACCCAACGCCCCUCGGGACCCAACAGACAACCCGGCUUCCCCCAAACAGCCGCGUCUGAGGACCCCCGCGUCUCUGGUAAAGAAACAUCUGAGCCAGCCGCCCGUCAGCAGCGAGGCGGCGCACGGACAAACACGCAACGCGCUCAGCAUGCUCCGCCCCCUCCGGCCGCAGGAGACGGACCUGGACCUGGAGGACUGCAUGGAGACGGGAAGGGAGACGCCUCCGAGCUCAUCGACAUCCAACCAAACGUCAUCCGAGUCCAGUUCUGAGAGGCCGCAUUGUGACGCCGCAGGGCCCUGCAAACCCCCGACUCCUCCACUGCACAGACUCCCAUCCUGGGAAAGUCGUAUUUAUGCUGUUGCUAAAUCCGGGAUCAGACUGUCUGACACGUCCUGUUCGGGUCAUCCUAGCAGAGAUCCCUCUCUGCAGGCGUCCUACCCCGCCUUCGUGAUGUACACGUCGCUCAUCUAUAAAAACAUGACGGCUCCAGUCUACACCACGCUGAAGGGGAAAGCCACCUUGCUGAGCAGCAUCCCGUUCUCCGACGACUCGUCCAGCUCAGACGAUUCCUCCAGUUCAGGAGAGGAAGACGGCUCCAUCUGCAGCUCCCACAAUUCCUCUGGGUCCAGGAAGGACGGGAGCUCAGGAAGCCCACGCUGCCUCAAGAGAGCCGUGUCCGUGGCGUCAAUAACGUCAGAGAGUGACUAUGCCAUCCCUCCUGAUGCCUAUUCCACGGACACAGAGUUCUGCGAACCCGAACAGAAGCUCCCCAAGACCUGCAGCUCAGCCAGCAACAACGGCAAGAGUGAGCCAAUGGAAAAGUCAGGCUAUCUGCUGAAAAUGGUUAAAACGUGGAAGAAAACCUGGAAGAGACGCUGGUUCGUCCUCAAAGAUGGAGAACUGCUCUACUAUAAGUCACCAAGCGACGUGAUCAGAAAGCCUCAGGGCCAGAUCGAAGUGAACGCGAGCAGCAGCAUCACCCGGGGAGACGGCAAGCAAGUUCUUCAGAUUAUGACGGGGAAGCAUGUGUAUUACCUGAAAGCGGACUCUCCUAACCUGCUGGAGGAGUGGCUGCGUGUCCUGCAGAGCGUCCUGAGGCUGAAAGCUGCCAGUCCUCUGUUCACUCAGCCAGACAUCCGUCCCAUCAUGAAGGGACUUCUCAUCAAGGUGAAGCACGGCUACUCGAAGCGGGUCUGGUGCGCUCUGAUCGGCAAGACGUUGUACUACUUUCGCACCCAAGAGGACAAGUUCCCUUUGGGUCAGAUUAAGUUGUGGGAGGCCCGGGUCGAGGAGGUGGACAGGUCAAAAGAGUCGGAUGAUGAGCUGAAAGCGUGUGGGCGGAGCUUAGAGGCGGCUCCCUUUACCAUCGCCGUCCACCCUCAGGAGCAAAGCCCAACAUAUUUGCUAAUCGAGUCACACCAUGAAAAGGAUUCAUGGCUGUACCAUCUGUCUGUGGCAGCAGGUACCACUGUGGGUAAAGUUGGCACGGAGUUCGAACAACUGGUGGGAAAACUCUUCCAACUGGACGGAGACGCAAAUUCUCAGAUCUGGAGAAAUCCCACGCUGUGUUUCAGGAAGGAGGCUCUCUCUUCUCCUCUCACCACUCUGCCAUCACAAGCCCUGCAGACAGAAGCCGUCAAACUCUUCAAGACCUGUCAGCUUUUCAUCAACGUCGCCAUCGACGCUCCGGCCAUCGACUACCACGUCUCUCUGGCUCAGAGCGCUCUGCAGGUCUGCCUGGCCCAUCCGGAGCUUCAGAACGAGUUCUUCUGCCAGCUCAUGAAGCAGACCCACAUGAAGCAACCGCAAAGCCACGCAGGACCUCUGCAGGGUUGGCAGUUUCUGGCUCUCUGUGUUGGAUUGUUUCUGCCGCGGCAUCCUUUCCUCUGGCUGCUCCAGGUUCACCUGAAGAGACACGGAGACUCCAGAACCGAGGUGGGAAAGUAUGCCAUCUACUGCCAGCGCUCUCUGGAGCGGACCCAGCAGAAGGGCGAGCGGCAGGCCCGGCCGUCCCGAAUGGAGAUUCUGUCCAUCCUGCUGAGGAAUCCGUACCACCACUCUCUGCCUUUCAGCGUCCCCGUCCACUUCCUCAACAACACCUACCAGGUUGUGAGCUUUGAUGCUUCAACAACUGUGGACGAGUUCCAGAGUCGCCUCAACCAGGACACAGGGAUGAGGAAAACCGGACUUUCCGGCUUCAGCCUGUACACAGACGAUCCCGCCGGACGGGAACUGGAGCACUGCCUGUCAGGAGGCAUCAAGAUUUGUGACAUUCUCUCCAAAUGGGAGCAGGCGUCCAAAGAGCAGCACUCUGGGAAGUCUGAAAACACCAGAACCGUUCGUCUUACCUACAAGAACAGGCUGUACUUCUCUCACCAGAUGAGAGGCGAGUCAGAGAGGGAGAGGUUGCUGCUAGCUUACCAGACUAAUGAAGCCAUCGUAGCUGGACACUUUCCCGUCAACAAGGAACUGGCUCUGGAAAUGGCAGCGCUGCUCGCCCAGGUGGAGUUUGGAGAUUUUGAACGGUCCUUGUUUGCCUCCGGAUCGGCCCAAAGUAAAUCCAAUCAGAACUUAAAACAAGUGUUGGAGAGAUUCUACCCUAAACAUUACCGCAGAACCUCAUCUGAGGAGCAACAGAGGCAAUUGAUGCAGCGUCUGUCGGCCCGCUGGGUCUCCCUCAAGGGGCGCGGUUCAUCCGAGUGUGUCCGGAUCUACCUGACUGUCGCCAGGAAAUGGCCGUUUUUUGGUGCAAAGCUGUUUCAGGCAGAGACUACCACUCCGUCCCCUGAGUCGGGUCAGAGUGUCUGGCUGGCGGUGCAUGAAGAUGGGAUCAGCGUUCUGGAGCACAACUCCAUCAAACUGCUGGUGACCCAUCCCUACAAGAACCUGAUGACGUUCGGAGGCUGCAAAGACGACUUCAUGCUGGUGGUGGGCCAAAACAUCAGCAAGGACAAACCUACCGAGAAGCAUCUGUUCGCCAUGGACGCCUCCAAAAUCAGGGAAAUCACCCUCCUCAUCUCCAGCUACAUCAACAGCGCUCAUCAGCAGAAGGCCGCCGCCCACCACCUGUCCGCCCCGGCUCUGAUGGUGGCCCAGCCCGUCAGCCUCAAGAGCAAAGAGCUGAGGAGCAAAUCCCCGCCGGCGCUCGGGCGCCCCAGCAAGGCCCCCACGUUGCUUUGACGCACGCCGAGUUUCAGCUAGAAAAACAAUGUUAUUUCUGCAAACACAAUGUCACUUCAGUUCGUGCUGCAAAAGUAAUCUGUUUGGUGUAUUUUAAUAUUAAACCAGACCUCUCUUGGCUAGCAGAGAUUUUAGCAUCUAUUCUAAGUACAUUUGUGCUAUUUAUUAUUAACAUUGUUCCUAAACCGCUCAUCAGUCACUGUGGGUUUAUUUCCUUCAGUAACAUUUUAUUUAAUGUUUGUUUUUGCCAUUUUUAUUAUUAUUAUUAUUUGUUUUGAAUACAACACAAAGAUCCAACAAUUCAAAUCUAAGCAUUAAAAAU